AGUGCGCCGCCAAGUCCGCUCCCGGCGCGUCCGUGACAGCCCAGCGCUCGCCGCCGUCGCCGAGUCGAGGUUACGACUGUCCGGAGGCUCGCCGCGCUGCUUCCAGGAGGCAAACCUGGUUACGAGGAGCAGUCCACUCGAACUACGACGACGGAGUAUCGUUCACUGGCGUCAUCACCCAUCAUUAGUGAUCUCAGCUUGUUGGCUCGUGUGUUGGAUUAACUUACUCUCUCCAGUAGUGUAGCACUUGUGAGAAAAAGAAAUGCCGGCAGCGCCUGACACGCGUAAGCAAUGCGGAUAAUUCUUUUGGAUAAGUACAUGCAAGUUUUCGUGUGUGUGUGCUGUUGUGAGAGAGACGUACGUAAAACUGUGUAGCCGAAACAAUGCAUAGAUGCUACUGCAGUGGUGAAAUAUCCGUUUUAUGUAUAACUGUAGGAUGAAAUAAGAAGUGGACAGAAUUCACCAUUACCGGCUAGUGACAACUGAAGUUCGUAAAUGUGUUAUAACACUGUUCGCUCUAAGGAACGCAGAUAGUGUGCAAAGAGUCGUGUAAAGUGACGUGACAGAAUCAGACACCCGGGAACAGGAAGAAGAGGAGGGUCGCCAUGGAGGAUGGAGACAUAUGGGGGAACGGCGACUUCCUGCAGAACCUGCUGCGGCACGUGGCGAGCGCGCAGGCGGGAAGCGCCGCGCCCGACGCUGGCGGCGGCAACUCCAGCCUGGAGCUGGAGCAGGAGCAGGAGGCGGCGGCCGUGGCGUGGGCGGCGCGGCCGCAGGUGAAGGGCUCCCUGCAGGCGGCGUGGCCGGCGCUGGCGGCGCUGUACGGCCUGCUGGCGGUGGCCGGCGCCGCCCUCAACGUGGCCAUGCUGGCCGCCGUGGCGUGCCGCGCGCAGCUGCACGACCGCGGCACGCGCGCCCUCUUCGCCAACCUCGCCGUGGCCAACCUGGCGCAGGCGGCCGCCGUGCUGCCCGCCACCUUCGCCGUGCUCAUCCUCAACAACUGGGUCUUCGGCCGCACGCUCUGCUACUGCCUGCCCAUGAUGCAGGACAUCCCGCUACACGUGACGAUGCUGACGUUCGUGCUGCUGGCGACGGACCGCUACCGGCUGGUGCUGUACCCGUACAAGCCGCGGGUGCCGCUCUGCAUCUGCGCCAUCGGCUCGUGGCUGCUCGCCGUCUGCAUAGUCGUGCCCUACCCCUUCUACCUCACGUACCUCGACCUGGGGCUGCUGUGGAAGCCGCUCGAGGGUACUGGCUUCUGCAUCGUCAACCUCGUGGCCAGCAUGCAAGACUACAUGCGGGGUCUCUUCCUAUUUACGUACGUGCUGCCGCUGUCGACGAUGGCGUACCUGUUCGUGCGGGUGUCUCAGGAGCUGAAGAGUCAGGGCGGCCCGCUGGCCGUGAUGAUGUACGAGGCUCGCGGCCGCGACGAACACGGCCGUAGCCACUCGGCCUGCCACAGCUACAGGAGCGACCGCUGCGGCCUGUACGACGCAGAGCUGGACGUGGUGGAGGAGAAGCGCGCGCACAAGUACCUGGUGCUCAUGGUGAGCGCCUUCGGCUUCUGGCUGUGCCCCCUCAUGGUGCUGCGGGUCGUGCGACAAGUGCUCCCAGAGACGUACGAGAACGAUGCACACCUCGACGUGACCUAUACGGUGUUCGUGUGGUUCGCCUUUCUGCACACAUGCAGCACUCCUGCACUGUACGCCUCGUGGACUCUCAGUCCGCUGGAGAAGGAGCGGCUGCGGCUGUACUUCCGCUUUGGUGAGCGCCGGCGGCUACGGAACCGCAGCCAGUCGGCCUUGGGGGCGGUGGUGCAGCAGCAGCAGCAGCAGCCGCCGGAAGCCGGUCUGGAGUCUCCGGAGGACGACGAGGAGGAGGGGGAGGAGCCGGAGGAGCAGGUGGAGGAGGGGCGGGAGGGCAAGUCCUGAGGGCAGGCCGCCGUGGGCUCCCCCACCUCCACCAGCAGCCGCAGGGUCCGAGUCUGAGGAACCGCCCUCAGCUUCCUGGCAGGCAGGCCGUGUGCGCGGCUCCUUGGAGAGGACCCACUGCCGACCGACCACGCCCUCUGUGUUCUGCCCACGGUUCAAGUGCUACGGGAACCCUGGCGGCGUCUGUUUACCAAGCUGGAAACAUUCACAGAGUACUUAUUCCACUGUUACAGGUUAUGCUCCGGCAGCCAUCGUUCUAUUACUGGAGAUUCGAAAACUAUGGUUCGUGUGGACAAAUGAAUAAAUUUUGUUUCAGCAACUGGAAAGUGCAUAUCAAAAUAGUCGUCAAAUGCGUGAAGAAAGAACCAAACAUACUGUUCACUACUAUUACAGUUAUCUUGAAUUAAACUGCUGAAGAUUAAAGUUAAUAAAGCAAAGUGCAUUGCCAAGAUAGAA